CUUCAGCACACAGCAACACUCAAAAGAAACCAAUGUAUUGAAUGAAAUUAGUGGACAAUUGGCACGAACUUGCUUCUCUUCAGCCUCCUCCUCCUCAACUGGUGAGUGAAAUUUAAUUCUCUAACAUGCACAUCUUAUAGCUUAUGGGGAGGGGAGAAAACAGCUGGCAGAUAGAUGGACCUUGUAGAAAUGUUGUUGCAAUGUUUUCCUACCUGUUGUGCAUGCAGCUUCCGGGAACCUCACUAAGAAGCUCGCUGUCCCGUGUGCCCACUUGAGUUGUACCGUGGAACUGUAGGCGUAUGUAUAUAUAGGACCGCUACAAACCUAUGUCAAUUGGGACAGGCAUGACAUUUAGGAAUUCCCCUCCUUAAUCUUGAGUUAGAAAACUGCCUCCGACGUUCAUUGCGUGGAAGACAGAGGGGUGUCAAAGGUUAGGGUUUAAGCUUACACCUCCUGCAAAUGCAUCCUUGUAUAAUAAAUCUACACGAAGAAGCACAUUGCUGUUGACAUGCAAUGCUGUGUAGGGCUGACUGAUGCCCCAGGCACAUGCUUUAUGAUUAAUGACAUGUAUGAGUAUCAGGAGAAUUACAGAUAUGUGCGCAAGUACAGUAAUAAUGUUGGGAACUGCAGAAUGCAGUGUGGGCUGUUUCUCCUCCCUCCCCUUCCUGGAAGUGUAAGGUUUGUGCGGUCGGCAAGUUACUGGAUUAUUUACACUCAUUAUCACCCCUUUAUUGCCACCGUGACAUUAAUUCUUGACAAAAGGGGAAAGGCACCAAGGGAGCCAAGCGGCUAAAUGCAAUUAGCAUACGAGCAACCAGAAUGCAUGCCCUCCUGCUGCGUUCUGCAGAUGCCCCCGCGAUUUGAUCACUUGAGCGGCUUGGAUAAACGGCACUGAGGACCAUGAAGCAAUGGAACAGGCAUGAGGAGCGGCUAGGGGGCUGUGCCCACAUCACCUCAUUUACGCUGUGACCCAAGCUGGCUGUUAUCCGAGGUCCCCGGAGAUGAGAGUCCUCCGGUGUACGCACUUGCUGCACCACCUAGCGUCAGCUACGGCCAGCUUUUGCAAAGAAUUCCAUCCAGGUUUCAGCUCCAGCAAGCAGCUGUGGUGCAUGUUACACAGAACAUGGGGAGCCAUGGCACAGGUGUGGCUGGUGAAGCCCUGUGAGAAUCCUGGAUGGUUCAGGAGUACAGUCAUACCUCGGGUUACAGCCGCUUCAGGUUGCCUUUUUUUGGGUUGCGGACCGCCGAAACCCGGAAGUACCGGAAUGGGUUACUUCUGGGUUUCGGCGGCCACGCAUGUGCAGAAGCGCUAAAUAGCGCUUUGCGCAUACGCAGAAGUGCCAAAUCGCAACCCACGUGUGCGCAGACGCACAGACAUGGGUUGUGAAUGCUGCGGGUUGUGAACGUGCAUCCCGCACAGAACACGUUUGCAACCUAAGCAUCCACUGUAGCUGGAAGUGGAAUGUUCUUCUGUGUAUAGAAUCAUAGAACAGUAGAGUUAGAGGGGAACCUGAGCCUCAUCUGGUCCGACCCCCUGUAAUGCUGGAAUACGCAGCUGUCCCAGAUGAUGGUCGAACCUGCAACCACUGGCAGAGGAAGAGGAGUGCAGGGGGAGUACACCACCCCCGGCAGCGCAAUCCCGGUGGGGUGUCAUUGUGGCUGCCCUCUUGCCUGCGCUGGGUGCCACACCCCCAGGACCCACAUCACACCCCUGCAGGUGGCGCACCAUGCCCCUGGGAUGUGCACCAGCCCCACACCCGCCUGUUCUCCAUCCCCCAGUGCUGGAGCAUGAAGCUCUGCCACUGCCUGCAACCUUGACAUUAUCAGCACCAUGCUCUUACCAACCGAGCUAUCUAUGUUUGCUUAUUGUUAUGUGGUUCUAUCAGGGCUCUCAAUUAUUUACUCCCAACAACCCUCCGAGGUAGGUAAGGCUGAGAGAUGCCACCCAGAGAGCCUCAAGACUGAGUUGGGAUUUGAACUAGAGUCUCCAAGGCCCUAGCCUGACACUCUAAUGAUUGCAGCACACCGAGCAAGAGAAGGAAGCUGCAGCGGGUUUGUCAGCAGAGAAAGGCAGGCGGCUGUAUGUCUCUGAGUACGAGGCACUGGGUAUCAGAAGUUGCAAGAGCCCAGGUUCCGCUUGCAGGUUUCCCAUAGCAUAGGGGCAUCUAGUUGGCCAUUGUGAGUACAAAAUGCUGGACUAGGUGGGUCUUUGUCCUGAUCCAGAAGGACUCUCCUUACGUCCUUAAGAAGCAGCAGCAGUUGGGGACAAAGGCAAGGAGGAGGUGGAGGAGUCUCUGGGGACAGUUUCAGGGAAGAGAGAAGUGGCGACAAGUGGUGCCGCUGUGUCAAGGAGCUGUCAACAAGUACUGUCAUCCACAGGGCAGGCACACACACGGAAGGCACAGGAUGCAAUUAGCUUUUUAUCAGCAGAAAAAACAACACAGCAAUGUCCUUGCUUUGUCUUAACCCAAUGAAGGCAUUGCUGAAACUAAGUUCCAGGCAUGCCCUUCCCCUGUAGCCUCUCACUCUGGAUCCCUCCCAAGCAGACGAAGGCUGCUUUGAGGGGGUGAGCUUCUCCUCUGGGCCUGUCUGACGCGUUGCUCAGCAAUGUGCAGGACCCUCCUUGAGUGUAGAGUCAGAGGGCAAGGGGAGUCAGCAGGACUGUGACUGUGCACAUGCUGUGACUCUCAGCUAAUCCUGUUCUUGAAGGCCCUCCUUCUCCUGACCCCUCUUGAUCACUCAAGUCUUCUGUAUCUAUCAGUUCCCAGCUUGUCCCAUCUACUGACUGCUACUCAGUGUCCCACCACCAGGUUCUGGGCUCUAAGGUGUCAUCUUCGGAGCCCUCUCUGGGGGGCUCUUGGGAGGCAGGCUCCCACCAGUCUUCUUCAUCCAGCCAGUCCGAUCCCUCCCUGUGGGACUCUUGGGCUGGUGGCUCCCAGCUCAUCCAGCCUGACCCUGACACUCUGAGACAUUGCAACAAAAGCACCAUUGAGCAUGAAGCUUAAGGGUUUGGGGCACCAUUGCUACACGUGCAGAUUGAGGAAGCAUGAGUGACAUAUAGGAAGCUUCCUUAUAUCAAGCACGCCUAUUGGUAGGCUUUGCCUACACUGACUGUCAGUGACUCCCCAGGGCUUCAGAUAGAUGGCAUUCCCAGCCCUUACCUGGAGAUGCUGAUGUUCAAACCUGGGACCUUCUGCAUGCAAAGCAGAUGCUCUGUCAAUGCAUGCUCUUCCUCACCAGAGUGAGAUACAUGAACUCCAUCUCCACAGGGGAUUCAAUAGGAGCUGUCCCAUGGCAUUACCAGGCAAGCAAUUUCCUGCAUUGUUUGUUAUUUGAUAUUUAUUUAAACCCUUCAAUCGCAUGAUUCUCAAGGGGAUUCGCAGCAGGCUGUGAAUCUAGAGAGAAAUCUCUCAUAGCUCUUCAGCCCUUGGAUCUCCCUGCUUAUGAAUGGGACCAGAGUAUGCUUGCCUUUCCUUCUAUUGUCCCAAAGCAACAGGUGAUUGGAGCUGAGUGAUCCAUCUGGUGGGUGGUGGGGAACAAGUUCUCUGCAGUAGUGACUGCUCGUUCCUUGGCUGAUCAUAGAACUGUAGAGUUGGAAGGGACCAUGAGGGUCAUUUCGUCCAACUCCCUGCAAUGCAGGAAUCUUUUGGCCAAGGUGGGGCUCGAACCCACAACCUUGAGAUUAAGAGUCUCAUCUUCCACCAACUGAGCUAUCUAUGAUGGAUGAGGACAGACUGGUCUUCACCUUGCUGCAAUGUUCAUCCUAGGAGAUAAGGACACUUGGAUGCCUAGCUGAUGAUCGAGGCCAGAAUAUACUUCCUUUUUUGUUCUACAGUCCCAACAGAAUUGUUGUUGCCAGUUUUCAAAACCAAGCGGGUGUUUAUAGAAAGGAAGGCAUUCAUUUUCUUUCGGCCUAAGAACACAGCUACGGAAGGAUGAAACCAACUGCCCUAUGGCUCAUUCCCUGAAGUGGCGGGGCUCCCAAACCUCCCAGAGCCCCUUGAAGGCAGACUUUCACCUGUCACUUGAAACAGGUCCCCCUCCAUGCACCAGCUUCCUGUUACCCCACCUGAGAUCAUGGCCAUCCUGUGGAGGACCUCUACACCAACAUCUAAAGUCCCAAAUAUCAAUAAAAACAACAAGAACAAUUUAAUAUUUAUACUCCACCCAUCUGGCUGGGUUUCCCCAGCCACUCUGGGCGGCUUCCAACAAAGAUUAAAAAUACAUUAAAAUGUCACACAUUAAAAACCUCCCUGAACAGGGCUGCCUUCAGAUGUCUUCUAAAUGUCAGGUACUUGUUUAUUUCCUUGACAUCUGAUGGGAGGGCGUUCCACAGGUUGGGCGCCACUACCGAGAAGGCCCUCUGCCUGGUUCCUUGUAGCUUUGCUUCUCGCAAUGAGGGAACCAACAGAAGGCCCUCAGUAUCCGGGCAGAACGAUGGGGGUGGAGACGCUCCUUCAGGUAUUCUGGGCCAAGGCCGUUUAGUGAUGGGAGGAGAGAUCCCUCUGGAAUAGUGGCAAUCCCAUAUAGUAUAACACAGCUGCCAUAUGGAGGGGUUGUUGGGGGGGUUGUAACCUAACACACCACAAAUGCAAAGCACAUUUAAAGGACACGACUUUCCCCCAAGAAUCCUGGGAAUAACAAUUUUUGAAGUUGCUAGGAACUAUAGAUCAGUGAGGGGUAAGCUCCAGCUCCUAGGAUGCUUUAAAUGUGUGGCAUGUACACUGCCGUAGAAACCUCCCAAAAGUCUGUGAAGAAGGCAAUAUUCCCAUAGAAAUUAAACCAGGCAGCCCUGAACCCUUCAGCAUGUUCUUCUGUCUCACUGCCACUCUCACACCUUCCCACACUCGAUUCUUUUCUUAAAUAAUCAAAAGAGACCAGCAGCUGAGUUGCAGAUUCUCCUAGCUUCUUGGUGAGUAAUUAUGGGGAAAGAGUUGUUUUAGAGCAAGGAAAAUCAAGUGGGUGCCAUGCCAGAUUUAGGGCAGUGCGGGCGGUUCCCCCGCACAGGGUGCUGAGCUGAAGGGGCAUAAAAUUGAGAAGAUCCAUAAUUGAGAAGAUCCAUUGGGGGGCACCAACUUUUGGUCUCACACAGGGUGCCAUAUUAUGAAAGAUUACCAUAGUCCACCCCGUUGGGUGUCCAAGGGCAACAUCUUGGUUUUGUCCAUUCUGCCACCCUACCCCUGCCAAGCCUGGAGGUUCUGGGAUGUAGCUCAAGACAACACAGUUUUAUUCCCCAUUCUUGGAGAAGUCACUUCCUUUCCCUCUCUUUCUUCAUUCUGAUUGGCUAUCCUAUACCCCAGCUGGCAUGCUACAUUCUUACAGGGGACUAAGCUAGGGAUGGGGGUACCAUUUGCUUCAGUUCACGUUUUAAUGCCGACCAUCCCGAUUUACUCUUCCUGAAACAAUUUGUGAACUGAGAUGCAACAAUGCUUUGAAAUUCAUGUUUCUCUGAAUUUUGUUCUCCACCCCGAAAAUUGUACAGAAAUUAGUAUAUAUGGGGAAAGGGUGUGUUAAAAUUCUCUCUCUCUCUCUCUCUCUCUCUCUCUCUCUCUCUGUGUGUGUGUGUGUGUGUGUAUGUGUUUCUUUUCAAUGGGAUAUCUUGUUUUAUAUAUAAUAAUAAUUUUUAUUAGUUUUCCAUUGCAAUCCAAUGAUAGCCUCAUUAUAGCAAUACCAAUUUAUAAUACAAUUGUUAAUACCAAUAGUUCAAAUUCUGAAUUAUAUAAUUUAGAUAAGGUGGGCUCCCCAUGUGCUAGAAUUGAUAGCUUGAUUAUUUGCUUUAUUUCUGCAUUCCAAAAUCUUAUUAACUGCUAUUACACUCCGGUCAUAAUAAUAAUCCCUUAUACAAUAACUGCAAUAUUAAGAACAUCUAUUCGUGUUGACACAUUAAGUAAUUUAUAAAACUACAAGUGAGGAACUCAAACUAUAACCUUGUUCUUCCUGUGUGUGGCAAUUAUUCGGUCUGUAGUGUUUCUGCCUGUCCUUGUAAAAUGUUAUGUCUUUCUUUCCCCCGGUUGUUGCUGUUAUCCAUCAUGCCUUGGGUGGAGCUGAUAUCCCAUUGUUGUCUCAGAAAUUUCUCCAUUCCUCCACUGCAUCUUGGUUGAGUGUGCUAUGAUGUGUCAUUCCAAAUAAAGAAACGCUGCUAAUGCAGCCUUUCAGGUGUUUGGGUUUUUGUGAGCUUUGAGUUCAAGGCUGGGCACUUUCCAGUGAGAGUAUGUAGUGCCUUUGUGUGCCUUUUACAAUAUCUAAUUCAACUUCUCAUGUUAUGAAAACACUUCCCAUAAUGGAAUCAUAGACCUAUGGAGGCCUCUUAAUGAUUACUUCUGAGAUGCCUGUUGAUGCUGACACACAUCCUUAAAGAACAUAGGAAGUAGAUUUACACUGACCCAGACCAUUGAUUCUAGUCCACUGACUGACAAUGAAUGUUCUCUAUCACGGGACAGUUCUGGACAAGAGAGUCAUGUGUCAAGGAUGUGGUCUAGGCAUCUGAAGAAGUAGCAGGUUUUUAGAAACAAAACAAAACGUACAUUACCUUACAACUUUCAAGUCUCUGCUAAGAUUCAGUUUUGGAAAUUGCUCUUCUUGCCAUUGUUCUUUUGACAUGAGCGCGCGCACACACACACACACCCUUUUCAUGGAUGCCAGCUUCAAAUGUUCAGAAUCAUAACACAAGCCCUCUGGGAUUUUGCAAAGGUAAAUACAGUGGUACCUCGAGUUACAAACACCUCGGGUUACAAACACUUCGGGUUACAGACUCCGCUAUCCCAGAAGUAGUACCUCGAGUUAAGAACUUUGCCCCAGGAUGAGAACAGAAAUCCGGUGGUGGUGGCGCGUCAGCAGCGGGAGGCCCCAUUUGCUAAAGUGGUACCUCAGGUUAAGAACGGUUUCAGGUUAAGAACGGACCUCCAGAACGAAUUAAGUUCGUAACCAGAGGUACCACUGUAAAAGAGAGAAUAUAUUUUCAGUCUGAAUUAGGUUGUCAUACAACCUGCUGCCAUAUUCAAGCAUGUUUCAACACCCUCUGAAUCUCAUCUAAGUUAAAGCUGAGAUUGGCAAAACCAAAAGAAUAGCCCUUAGUCCACACACAAGUGAUGUUAGAGGAUUCGCACUUGACUGCAAUGGGACUUCAUUUCCCAACCUGUGGGUCCUGACCCAUAAGUGAGUUGCAAAGCCUGUUCAGGUGUGUCGCGGUGUUUAUAAGUCAACCCGAAAUAUCCUGCAGUCAGAUGGUGUGUCUCCCUUCCCAUGAACAAAACUGAAUAACUUGUAAGUAUUAUAAACAUGUCAAUGAAUUCCACAUUAAUACGGACAUUAAGUCAAGGUUUGCUUGGGUGCCUCAAGUAAUGGUUAUAAAACAGGCAAAUUUGCAGUUAAAAUGCACGGAAUGCUAUUAAUUAGCAAUGCUCUGACAACCCACAGUUCCUUCAAACUUGGGUGGUUGAGCACCUAUCAGUUUGGAAGUGAAAUAAAAUCAGUUUCUUCUACAUGCUUGAGGGAGGCCCUUGGUAUGCAGGAAAUGAUAUGUAUGAAAACGCACAAGCAAACCCCGCCUGACAGGAACCUGUGAACUCACAGAAUUUUGAUGGCAGUUGAGCAUAAUGAGAAGAUAGGGGGAAAGGGUCUAGAAGAUACAGCAGACAGCAAGGAGAUGGCUGCCCGGUUCAGGCAUUGUUUGUGUGAAGGGGCCCCAUGUAGUUUUUUUCCUUCUAUUGUCAUUGUCGUUUAGUCGUGUCCGACUCUUCAUGACCCCAUGGACCAGAGCACGCCAGGCACUCCUGUCUUCCACUGCCUCCCGCAGUUUGGUCAGACUCAUGCUGGUAGCUUCGAGAACACUGUCCAACCAUCUCGUCCUCUGUUGUCCCCUUCUCCUUGUGACCUCAAUCUUUCCCAACAUCAGGGUCUUUUCCAGGGAGUCUUCUCUUCUCAUGAGGUGGCCAAAGUAUUGGAGUCUCAGCUUCAGGAUCUGCCCUUCCAGUGAGCACUCAGAGCUGAUUUCCUUAAGAAUGGAUAGGUUUGAUCUUCUUGCAGUCCAUGGGACUCUCAAGAGUCUCCUCCAGCACCAUAAUUCAAAACCAUCAAUUCUUUGGCUUUCUUUAUGGUCCAGCUCUCACUUCCAUACAUCACUACUGGGAAAACCAUAGCUUUAACUAUAUGGACCUUUUUUUUAUUAAAUUUUCUGUUUUACGUUUUAGAAUAUUCAUUUAAACAACCUCAAAAUAUCAAUGACUUCCCUCCUUUUCUUUCCAUGGUUUAUUUUGCCUAACAUAAAUCCCUGCAUAUUUUAUAUAAACUAAACCAUUCAGUGUUCCAUUAUGACACCUGUCAAAACUUAUUUACACUGUUGAAUUUAUCUUAAUGCUGCCUACGUUUUCAAAUGCACACAAUUCUCCUCCAUAUAUUCAAUAAACAUCUUCUUUAAAUGUAUGUUGUUCUUCUCUUAUUCUAUAUGUUAGGUCCUCAAGCUGUGCAUAUUCUGUCAGUUUAAGUUGCCUUUCUUCUUUGGUUGGGACCUCACUCAUUUUCCAUUUUUGGGAUAACAAAACACAAGCCGCAGUAGUGGCAUACAUAAAUAACCUUUCCUGACACCUGGGAAUGUCCAUCUGAAUUAUCCCCAACUAAAAGGGCUCUGCAUUUGUUUGUUUUUGGAAAAGUACUUUUAAACAUUUUUUUCAAUUCAUUAUGAAUUAUUUCCCAAUACUCUUUUACCCUUUCACAGGUCCACCACAUAUGAUAACAUGUACCCUCAGUCUCAUUACAUCUCCAACACUUAUCUGAUUCUGCCUUAUGCGUCUUAGCAAGUCUACUCGGAGUUAGAUACUAUCUGUAAAUCAUUUUCAGAUAGUUCUCCUUCAAGGAAUAACAUGCUGUAAAUUAAGGUUACCAGAUUUUUUUCAAUGAAUCCAGGGACACUUUUCAACUUCCUACUAAAUAGAUGGAUUUUGUCAGGGGACUGAUUUGUGUCAUAGAGGCUUUGACAAGCUCGUCUUUUGUUUCCCACUCUAAUAACAAAUUUUACAUUUUAUAUAAAAGCUUUUCUUUAUUUUGUAAGAGUUCUUCAGAUUGUGAAGGGCCACCAUGUGGUUAGAGGAGGAGCAGAGUUGCCCUGCUAGACUGCCCCCAACAUCACAUGGCACACCUCUUAGCUCACCCGUAAUGUGGAAGCACCGAUAUUGGGUGCAACUCGGCACCUCUGGUCCAAAACUUGAUAUGGGAGAUGCUCUUAAAAGUAUACACACAUCUAUCCUUGUGCUGGACACGGGUGGCGCUGUGGGUUAAACCACAGAGCCUAGGACUUGCCGAUCAGAAGGUUGGCGGUUCGAAUCCUGCGACGGGGUGGGCUCCUGUUGCUCAGUCCCAGCUCCUGCCAACCUAGCAGUUCGAAAGCAAAUCAAAGUGCAAAUAGAUAAAUAGGUACCGCUCCAGCGGGAAGGUAAACGGCGUUUCCGUGCACUGCUCUGGUUCACCAGAAGCGGCUUAGUCAUGCUGGCCACAUGACCCGGAAGCUGUACGCCGGCUCCCUCGGCCAAUAAAGCGAGAUGAGCGCCGCCACCCCAGAGUCGACCACGACUGGACCUAAUGGUCAGGGGUCCCUUUACCUUUUACCUUAUCCUUGUGCUAGUGGGCAUUUUGUAGGUUUUCUCUCCCCCAAGCAAAAGUUCACAGGCUCCCCAAACACAGCUGUUAUUUUCCUAACCCCUCUCAGCUUUCCCACAAUACCUUUCCUGACCGUGCCAGGAUAAUUGGUUCACCACAACUAAGGCAGACAUUUUCAGCUGUCUAAUAUGUUUGCCUCUUGUAGAGGAACUGUGUGCGUUUUGUGACUGUACUUUCACAAGCGGUAGCUGCUGGCAUGGGUGGAGCAUUGCUCUCUUGGCUUUCCAAUGCUGUGUGCCACUGCUGGCUGCCAAGGGAGGGAGGGGCAAGGGAGCAGGGAUGUUGGCACAAUGGCACAGCCAAACAGAUGCUUCUAACCCUGUGCCUGUACCGCAGCUGCAUGUGGUACUGGGAAGUCAGAAACACAAUGUAGCCUUAGCUGGGCACACCUGUAGAGCCCCAGUGUCCACUACCAUGAAAAGUGCCCCUCCCCCAAAAACUUUUACUGUAGAAUUCAUCAUCCUCAAGUGUCGGUGCUUUCUCUGUUUAAAAGUAAGUUUCUAGUCCUCAAGAUUGUAAAGUUAAGCAAUGCCACGCAAGGAAAACAAGAUUACCAGUGGCCGCAGUGGAGCCUCAGUGCCUCUAUAGCAGUGAUGGCCAAACUUGCCCCUCCAGCUGUUUUGGGACUACAAUUCCCAUCAUCCCUUACCACUGGUCCUGUUAGCUAUUGAUGAUGGGAGUUGUAGUCCCAAAACUGCUGGAGGGCCAAAUUUGGCCAUCACUGCUCUAUAGGCUUUUGAUUAGCAGAAAAUAAGGGAAACAAGCAAAUAUACACACAUGCACAUAUUUCAUAGCCUGUAGAAUUCAAUUUAGAAAAAUGGAAUUGAAAUGAUUCCUUUCCAAUGCUUUGCGCUGUCUAAGUAACAAGCCAAGAAUAACUUAGUACUGGAGUCCUAGAAAACUGUUAAAUCCCCCACCUCACGCACACAAAAAACCUCUCUCUUCCAUCUAAUCUUACUGCAGAAGCAUCUUUUAGAAAAUUCUCUUUGGAGACACUGUCAAUUGGAUUUAACGAGGCACUGUCCUCAUUGUAUACCCCAAUUAUUGGCCCUCUCGCCAUAUGUUCGUCAUUUAGGGGACCCAUCUGUUUACAAUACUUCAUUAACCUAGGAAAUGUGUGAGGCUAUUUGCGACCAGACCCAAUUCACGUCUGAAAUGCCUGUUUCGCUGCCCUUCCCCUCUGCUGCCCCCACGCCAAUCACAGCAGAUAAGAGGAGAAAUUUGUGAAAUUAGGGAACUGAUUGGUUGGUGCUAAAAGACCAAUUAAGAGCAAAGUGAAGCAAUCUGCUUCGAUAGUGAGGGAGAAGUGUUCAGUGAGAAAAAUGCUAGAGUUCCUUAAGUGGCUAUUAUCCAAAGCAUGGCUGGGGAUUUCAUAGGCUGUACCAGAGGAAGUAAGGUGGGCAAGUUGCCUCCACCAACCCAGACAUGCAGCCUAUCCUCCACCCACCCAUUCAUUGCGGUUAUUUCAAGGAAACACAAUAUUCAUGUAUAGAUUAUAACUGAAUAAUUAGAUGGGCAGUAAAGUUGAGCUGCAACCCUGAGGUUUUCUACUUGAAAGCUAAUUCCAUCAAAGUUUAUAAGACAUCCUUCAGAUGACCUCCAUUUAGAAUGAGAGUACUACUGUGAAAUAUCCCCUUAUUUCUCUUUCAGAAAUCUAUGGGGCAGAGCUGACCCCUUCCCUCCUAUGCCCCCACCAACCAAAUUUCUUCUUCUGA